AUGGCCGAAAAUAUUUACGACGAGAUCGAAAUCGAGGACAUGACUUAUGACCCAGUUCUACAAAUUUAUCAUUAUCCAUGUCCAUGUGGCGAUCGAUUUGAGAUUGGCAUUGCGGAUUUGAGGGACGGAGAAGAUAUCGGAGUGUGUCCAAGUUGUAGUUUGAUGAUUAAAGUAAUUUUUGAGGUGGAUGAUUUACCAAAGCCAGAAGGAGAUCAAGGUGGUUCUCAAGUGGCGGUUGCGACAUGA